AUGAGCGACUUCUGGGACCAAAAUAAGGGCUCCAUCAAGUCGGGACUAGCGACAGCUGGUAAAGUUGGGUACCAAGGUACCAAGUUCGUAGCCAAGACUGGCUACAAGGCUGGAAAACAGCAUUACAACAAUAGUCGAGGGAUCACCACUUCUGAACGAUCCGAUAGUGAUUCCAGCUCACUCAGAGAAGCCACGCCUGUAUCUUCUUUACCAGAUGUGUCAAAUCUGCCUCCUCCGCCACUGAAGCCGGGACAAGCAUCCUAUCAUGGGAAAAGGGAACUGGGCAACACUAAUACUACAACUACAACUACAACUGCAACGACGGUGAGAAUACCUCCAACAAUGCCCCAACGAGCUGUUGUCCCCCAAUCGCAGAGGAUGUAUCCAGAACCCAUUCAAAUGCGAGAUAACAGCAAUGCGCCUCAAGAUCCAGUUUUUCAACCUUUGCAAGACCCUAUUCCUCUACAAUCGCCCAUUCCUGUCAGUUCAAAUGCUGCCAUUCCUCCUACCAGUCAAUUGGGUCAAAACCUAUCGACCAAUGUGCCAAUUGCGGCCCAUCCAUCAACACAAAUUCGACCCGGACUCCCAACUCGAGCCUCAACCACUAGAAGCAGUGUGCAAGCCUUACAUCUUGAUACAGCACCUUUAGUAAAUGAUGUAUCAGGCACAACCUCUGCGGCUAUUCCAGUGGCAUCUGUGCCCGCUCAAAUAUCAGCUCCAGCGCAAGUUUCUACCCGGUCUACACCUUCGGUUCCAAUCGCUACGUCCGCGCCAAAUGUAGACCAGAAUGUGUAUCCUGCAGUGGGCCAACCAGAUUCAGCACAAGUCCCAAUUAUACCACAAAGAAAUUAUUUCAGAGCACCAGCCGCGCUACCAAUCACAACUUCUCAGCCACCGGCUAUUGAACAAGUUGAAGUUUUACAGGAUCCUAAUUCCACACCUCCAGGAACUCUCGAAGAAGUAAAAAGUCCUUCUAUUACAGUGCGUCCAUAUGAAUGGAAGGAUCCCGAGGAGAAGCGGGAACAAGCACUCAAAAAUAAGUUAGCAGAGGUCGAUAUUUCGGCGCUGUCGCCACCACCUACACAUCAAGAUCGCUCGCCGGUUACAUCUGGCUCCUCUUCACCUCGACAGACACUCAAGAGCCCUCUUUCAACAAAACCUCGGGCUUCAAGUAUCUUAACUCAGCACUCCGGAAAAUCGGCCAAAAGUGGAAGUAAACCUGAAGGAAACGAAGAAAGGCCGCUUGAGCGAGGAAUUGCUGGAAAUUACACCAACACGGGUGUGGUAAACUUUCCACCGCCACCAAAAGCAUCAAGAACGGGCAUGCAGCCUCGUAACACAGCUUCUAGUAAGCCUUCCACUCCACAAACGACAGGAGGACGACAAUUGCCAAGAAAACCAACUGGACUACCUCCGAGAUCAAACGUGCCUACUUCUGUGUCUCUGGAGAACUUGCCACCCAUGCCAACAAAGUUGGAACCACAAGAGGCCCAGACAUUUUUCCAACCUCCACCAAAGCCAUUUAGAAAAGAUACAAGAAACUCACCACAGCCACCUCCUGCACCACCACGCCGCAGUACACCGUCAACGAACCUUGAUACAGAUGAGACCAAAUCUGUUCCACCGCCAUAUUCAGUAGUAGCAAUACCUCCGCGGAAUACGGUUGAUGUUACCGCUAGAAACUCUCCAAAACCCAAGAAGGCUCCACCUCCUAAAAAGUCCCUUCCACAGCAUCUGCAAAAUAUCAACAAUGAUACAAUUACUUCAACGGUGACCGACGAUGGCGAGAAAAAGCCUACCAAAAUUCCACCGCAAAAACCUGCCCGUAAGAAUAUAGCAGCUCCUCCUCCAAAACCUACGAGAAAACCAAAUCUGCCUUCUACCAACAGCAACGAAGAACCCAUUGGCGAUACAAAUGGUCUUAACGCGGAACUCAUGGCGAAGUUCAAGUCGAGGCAACCAACUGUCAGGCCGCAAUUAGCCCAAGUUUCGACGUCGUCUUUUAUCGCAUCUGACAACAUACGACCAGCGGCACCACCUAUUCGAGCGGAGCAGUCUACAAAUCCAGUGCCGGAUCUUGACGACGGCAGCGAGAACCCAUUCCAGCGGUACUUGAAAAAUGUAGUUCCAAUGGAUGACGAUAGACUACACAAAAGUUAA